UAUAUAUAUAGAGAGAGAGAGAGAGAGAGAGAGAGAGAGAGAGAGAUGAAGGGGAGCUUGAGUUUAUUCAUGUUUUGUAUAGUGGUGGUGUUUGGAAUAAGUAUAGGAGGUUGCAAUGGAGGUGAGUUGAAGAAGAAUUUUUACAAGAAAAGUUGUCCACAGGUUGAGCAGAUUGUUCAAACCAUAACUUGGAAACAUGUUGCAAGCAAUCCAACAUUGCCUGCUAAGUUCCUCAGGAUGCAUUUCCAUGAUUGCUUUGUUAGGGGUUGUGAUGCAUCAGUAUUGGUGGACUCAACAGCAAACAAUACAGCGGAGAAGGAUGCAAUACCAAACAAAUCACUAGCUGGUUUUGAUGUAAUUGAUGAAAUCAAGACCCAACUUGAGACCACUUGUCCUGGCAUUGUUUCUUGUGCUGAUAUCAUCACUUUAGCUGCUAGAGACUCUGUUUCUUUCCAAUUCAAUAAAUCAGUGUGGGAAGUGCAACUUGGAAGAAGAGAUGGAAAUAUUUCAAGAGCCUCAGAAGCACUUGCCAACAUCCCUUCACCAUUCUUCAAUUUCACCACCCUCAGACAAGCUUUUGCCAACAAAAACCUCACUCUUCGUGAUCUUGUUGUCUUAUCAGGUGCACAUACAAUUGGUGUUGGACAUUGCAAUUUCUUCAGCAAUAGGCUAUACAAUUUCACCGGAAAAGGCGAUGCAGAUCCUACUCUAAACUCAACCUACGCUGCCACUUUAAAAACAAAAUGCACAUCCCUUUCAGACAACACCACCACCGUUGAAAUGGAUCCCGGGAGCUCUCUAAGUUUUGACAACCAUUACUUCACCAUCUUAAAGCAACAAGAAGGUCUUUUCCAGUCAGAUGCUGCACUUCUCACUAACAAUGGUGCUAGCAACAUUGUUGAUGAAAUGCUUACCUCUAGCAAAUUCUUCACUGAGUUUGGUCAAUCAAUUAAGAGCAUGGGCGCGAUUGGAGUGUUGACGGGAAGUUCAGGAGAGAUUAGGAAGAAGUGUCGAGUGAUUAAUUAAAAUAAAAAUGCUACGAACACAAGAAAAACACAAAACAUGAAAUAUGUGGGCUCCAACUCAUCCCAAUUGUGCCUCACACAGCACAAAAUUUGAAUUUGGAUCACGCAUUUUAUUUUCUGUGAAAUUUUAUAUAUUUGGAAGUUUUCUAUGAUUGACUUGUUCUAAGAAUUGGUGUUAUGAGGAUGUGUAGUAGUUGAAAUUUUUUGAGGGUUGUAUUCCAUCAAGUCAUAUAGUUCGAUAAGCUAUUUGGUUAGUUUGAUUUUGGUGUUAUGUGACAAUAAUUGUUAAUUAUGUAGGGGUUUCUUUGAAACUAAUUUCAGAAGGCUCUUAUGUAAUAAUACAUUGUAAUUUUGGAAAUUCAGCUCUAUUGUUUAAUUUUCAUGAUCAA